AUGAGAUUCUUGCCAUUUGAAAUGUUGGGCACUGUACCGGGCGAUGCAGAUACCCCAGAUUCCAGUUCAUCGAAAUAUAUUGAGACCACGCCAGUGGCAUCAACGGGCCCAGAUGUGGUGUCCACGACGACAGCCGGCAUACAAAACAAGAUUAUCACACCAGAAGUGUCAAGCUCGGUAGACCCUGUGACAGUGUCGAGCAUUCUUCCUAGUGGGUCGGAUUCAUGGCCCACACGCAGCGAGUUGACAUGGGUAUCAACUGGAACACCAGCUGUCAAAGAUAUUAGUGCAUCAGAAGCCAGUCCAAAGCCAAUCAGCCUACUGGAUGCAACAAGCUCACACUACCCAUCACAAACACCACCGACCACACUUUCAACUUCAAACCCAUCCACUCUCAUAUCCACUCAAACAGCCUCCUCAUCAGCCAUAACCUCCGCCUCCUCAACAACCUCAGCAAUCAGCGACUCAACCGCUUUCUCCGGCGGCCCAUCAAAAACAACAAAAAUCGCCAUAGCAGUCCCAGUCUCGGUAAUCGGCCUAGCUCUAAUCCUAGCGUUCCUAUUCUUCCUCUCCCACCGACGGCGCCGCGACAAAAAACGCAAUGCCUUGCCUCCAUCAUACGACAUAGCAACCGGUCACCGAAGCGCUGUAUCGACACAAGAGCUAAUGAUAUCCCCGAAAUCAUCGACCCCAGAGCCAAGACGUUCAUUUUCCACACCGGCGAUGUCAUCAGCGGCCAUGCCCAUGCCCCCCAUGCCCCGGAUCCCGAUUAUUAGCAUCUCGCCCUCGACGGAAGGUCGGGGCCGAACGCCCAGUCCCGCUCCCAGUUCUGGGACCUCCUUGCGCCGCAUGUCUAUGACCCGUGGACCUAACGACUCUGAGGCGGAGCUUGGGAUUGCAGUUGCAGUUCCGAUGGAUCAGAGGCGGAGUGCUACUGAGCAGGAUUUUAGGGGUCGGGUUGCGUCUGUUACGUCCUCGAGAGGGCCGUCGCGGUUGGCUAGGAUGCCCUUUGAGGAUUUUGAGGAUGACGAGGUUGGUAUUGGCAUUGCUCAUGGUGGUUCGGAUGAUGAAUAUGAUGAUGCUGUUUCUGACGUGUCGGAUCUGGAUGGGCGGAGGAGGGAGAGGGACUUUGAUGACCAUUCUGUGGUGUCGUCUUUUGAUGAGGUGUCGCCGAUAGGUGAGCAGGAGAGGAUGCGGUUUCGGGGAGUUUGA